AUUCAAGUAUUGAACUACAUCUCCAUUUCAUCUAUCUUCAACUCUGUACUCAACUGCGAUGUCGGUUUACGGGAUUCAAGGCCAGCAACUUGAGGUUACAGUUGUAGGACACAGAAUGGAUUUCAAGGCAAGAUCCUUACGUUUGCCUUGAGUAUGGAAGCACCAUGUUCCGGACCAGAACCUGCACCGAUGGAGGCAAGAACCCCACCUUCCAGGAAAAGUUCAUCUUCACGCUCAUUGAAGGCCUCCGGGAGCUCAAUGUCAUGGUUUGGAAUAGCAACACCCUCACCACAGACGACUUCAUCGGCCAAGCAAGGAUUCAACUCCAGAAGGUCCUUUCUCAAGGUUUCGACGACACAACAUGCUCAAUACAAUCUAGACAUGGCAGAUACUCAGGAGAAAUUCGACUCAUAUUGCACUAUCCAAAUGCGAAUAAAUCAUUUACAAGCUAUAACAUGUCCGCUCCACCAUUAGGGGCUGCAGCAUCUCCUUACCCAAUAGUUCAAUCUCAGUACUCUUCUUACCCACCAAAUUCAACAACAUAUCCACCAUUUACAUAUCCUCAUCUCCCUCCAGCUGGGUAUCCUCCUCAGUCAUACCCAACAACAACUUAUCCUCCACAACCCUACCCACCUCCAGUGCAAUCCACAGUUUACCCACGUGCAGCACAAUAUCAAGGAGUUUAUCCCCCACCUUCACCACCCUACUGAUGAAAUGUGCAGUAGUUUCAUAUCCGAUGGCUGAGGUUGUGGUCAUUCUUUAUUUCUUAACUUUCCUUUAAUUCUAAUGCAUGUAUUUUUCUUCAAGCAUUGAGUGUUAACUUUUUCAUAUCCACAUGGAUGUUGAUAAUAAAGAUGAAAGCACAAAGGAUUUGUUAUCUGUGUUUACAUGGACAUAAA